CUGGGUUGGUAUGGCACAGAGACUAACAGGGAUGCCAAAGGAAAAAUAUGAUCCUCCAGAUCCUCGCAGAAUAUAUACCAUCAUGUCAGCAGAAGAGGUAGCCAAUGGGAAGAAGUCCCACUGGGCAGAGUUGGAAAUCUCGGGUAGAGUGCGCAAUUUAAGUCCAUCACUUUGGUCACUAACACACUUGACUGCUCUCCACCUCAAUGACAACUAUUUGACUCGCAUUCCACCUGAUAUUGCCAAGCUUCAUAAUCUGGUUUACCUGGAUCUCUCAUCCAACAAACUCCGAAGUUUACCAGCAGAACUAGGAAACAUGGUUUCUCUCAGGGAAUUGCUUUUAAACAACAAUUUGUUACGAGUUUUGCCUUAUGAACUUGGACGGCUCUUCCGGCUACAAAACCUAGGUCUGAAAGGCAAUCCUUUAUCACAAGAUAUUCUCAGCCUCUACCAGGACCCAGAUGGGACACGUAAAUUGUUGAACUACAUGCUUGACAAUCUAGCAGUUCAUCCAGAGCAGCUGCCUCCAAGGCCAUGGAUUACAUUAAAAGAGCGAGACCAAAUUCUGCCCUCAGCUUCGUUUACUGUCAUGUGCUACAAUGUAUUGUGUGAUAAAUACGCUACCCGACAGCUUUACGGCUACUGUCCUUCCUGGGCUUUAAACUGGGAAUAUAGAAAAAAGGGAAUCAUGGAAGAAAUUGUGAACUGGGAUGCAGAUAUCAUUAGUCUUCAGGAAGUAGAAACUGAGCAAUACUUCACCCUCUUUCUGCCAGCAUUAAAAGAGCGUGGAUAUGAUGGAUUUUUUUCUUCGAAGUCACGUGCCAAAAUCAUGUCGGAGCAGGAGCGAAAACAUGUGGAUGGUUGUGCAAUAUUCUUCAAAACAGAAAAGUUCACACUGGUGCAGAAGCACACGGUUGAGUUCAACCAAGUGGCGAUGGCCAACUCAGAAGGGUCCGAAGCUAUGCUGAACCGAGUUAUGACAAAGGACAACAUCGGAGUUGCGGUGGUGUUAGAGGUGCACAAGGAACUGUUCGUGGCAGGUAUGAAACCACUUCAUGCAAUGGACAGCCAGCUGCUUAUAAUAGCAAAUGCUCAUAUGCAUUGGGACCCUGAAUAUUCGGACGUAAAGCUUGUUCAGACGAUGAUGUUUGUCUCUGAACUUAAAAAUAUCCUUGAGAAAACCUCUGGUCGGCCUGGAAGCCCAACGGCAGACACAAAUUCCAUUCCUCUGGUGCUGUGUGCAGAUCUCAACUCACUGCCUGAUUCAGGUGUUGUGGAAUACUUAAGCAAUGGAAUAGUGGCCGACAACCACAAAGACUUCAAGGAGCUGCGUUACAAUGAGUGUCUCAUGAACUUCAGUGGCAAUGGAAAAAAUGGGGCUUCUGAAGGAAGAAUCACCCAUGGUUUCCAACUCAAGAGCGCCUAUGAAAACAACUUGAUGCCUUACACUAAUUACACUUUUGAUUUCAAGGGUGUAAUUGACUAUAUUUUUUAUUCCAACACUCACAUGAAUGUGCUUGGUGUCCUGGGGCCUUUGGAUCCUCACUGGCUGGUUGAGAACAACAUCACGGGGUGCCCGCACCCUCACAUCCCUUCCGACCACUUCUCCCUGUUGACUCAGCUUGAGCUCCACCCUCUGUUCCUGCCUCCCGUCAACGGCAUCCAUUUGCCAAACAGGAGGUAGUGCUGCUCUUUCUGGAGGGCAGGCACCCCACCCCGUUCAUCUGUUUAUGAACUUGUACAGUUGUAAAUCAAAGUCUGUAGGAGUGAAGUAUGGCCAACCUUUUCAUAGCUGUUGCUUCAUGCUCCUUUCUGUUUUUCGUGUGUGUUGACAGUACAAUUUUGCACAUUUCUUUUCGGUGCAUAUUGGUACCACUUGGCACUAGGGCUGGAACCAAAGUUGUUGUUUGUUCCCUUUUUCAAUGGGGUUGGGUUUUUUUCUUUUUUUUCUUUUGGUUUUGUUCUGAAGGUACAGACACAAAGUAUAUACCGAGAAAAGGCAGCGGGCUUUACAUGUUUUAACAGAGCUGCCUUAACGGUCAAAUCAGAAAGGAGGGAUUUGCUUACAUGUAUACAUCCAUAGCUAAAAGUUUUGUAUUCCUCCCCCCAAUCUUUUAUCAGUCAUAGCCAGAUGAGUCCUUCCCCCUGCUCCCAAAUCACUCGGUUUUUUUAAAAAAAAAAUUCCUCUAGAUUAGAAACCUGUAUUGGCCCUGUAGGGCAGUGUUUCUCAAUCUUGGGAAUUUAAAGAUGUGUAGACUUUAACUUCCAGAAUUGAUGUCCACACACCUUAAAAUUUCCAAGGUUAAGAAACAUUGCUGUAGGGAAUUUGUAGAUCAUUGGAAAUAGCACUUAACUGUUUUUAAUGUUGAUUCUGAGUUCAAAUUUGUUCACUUCCCAUUGAGCUGGCAAAGUUGCAACAUGUUAGUCUUCCUGCCAUUAAAAAAAAAAAGUGGCUCUAUGCUGGAGAAAGCUUUUCCAUGAAUACCUGAUUGCAUCUGGCACUAAGUCACCAGGGUGUUCUGCCUUGCUGUACCACCUCCAUUUCUGAACUAUAAAAGCUUGCAUGCUCCGGUCUAAAAUUCACAGAAUCACCUCUGUUGCACUAAGAGGCAAGGAUGAGUCUGAACCUCUGGCUUGAAGCCAUGUUCUCUACCCGAAAAGUAAGAUAGCAUCUGUCUUUUACUUGAAGGAAACCCCAAAUUACAAAAUUCAGAGAAACACAAGUAGCGAGGCAGAUGAGCGAGAAGGAACCCACUAUAAUUGAGGACAUCCAAUUAAUUGUUGAAUCCUGCAUUUAAAAUCAGCGAUGAGAAUUCCUCUGCUAAAUGUCCACCAUAUACAAAGAGAUUCCGACCCAAACACAAUCCUUUUAAAAAAAAUAUAUUUUGUAAAUUAUAAAGCCCUUCCAUUGCCCUUUUAAGGUUAAAAAAUGUUAGUAGAAGUGAAGUGGGAGAUAGAUGUUUAGUUUUAGCCUCUUUCAGGUAGAACAAGCAAUUUUUUUCCUCGGUGCAAUUUUUUGUGUCAAUACGAAAGUGAGAAUAAUGUUCACCUAACUAUUCCCUCAGCAUUUCCCCUGCCCCCUUUUUUUUUCUGAACCCUAGUCGCCAAAUAGCCAUGUCAUGUUUUUAAUUCUAUUUUUGUUGUUGUUUCUUUUCUUCUUCUUCUUCUUCUAUCAAUUUGGGUUGGUUUGUUUGUUUUUAAAAGGGAACCUGCUUGUUUGUUCCCAGCUGUUAUUUUUCUUUCUUCAAGAAACCUUAAGCAUCCUCGCGUGCAUGUUUGCUUCUGGUGGCCAUUUUAAAAACUUUCUCUUUUUUUUUCUGGAGGGUGGAAAAAAACAAUUCUUUUAAUGCCAUCUCUUUAAGUGAGAGGUGAGGGAUUUUAUCCACUCAGGACAACUGCUAUUGUGAUGGGCUUGAGCAAAAUAUUAGGGCUUGGCUGUUCCAGUACAAAGAAGGGGUACUAAGCAAGCAAGGUGGUGGGUGCAUGCCCCUUGGAAAGGUGGUGCAUCUUCCAUCUUGCUUAUUUUGAUCCCUUGCACCUAGCCGUAUCAGCAGAAGAAAAACAUUUAGCAGUUAAGUCCUAAGUGCAAGAAUGGGGAAACGAUGCCCCUUUUAUGACUUAUGGGUUUCAACUCCCAGAAUUCCUGAGCCAGCAUGCCUCGGGAAUUCUGGGAGUUGAAGUCCACAACCCACUCCUGCCUUAGUGGAUAGAAUUACAGUUAAUUUUUCAACAGCAGCAACAAUGGCAAAUUUGUUUUUAUGUUUUUGGGUAUUUCUGCUUGCUGCUACACAAGAUUCCUUAAGCUUAUAUUUUAAACUUUUCAUGCACUUUACUAUUUCUAAUCUGAAAAAAAAAGUGAUAUUUUUAAUAAAUGAGAUUUCCAUUAUGUGAAUGAAAAUUUUUAAAGGAGCUAUAUUUGUCUCAUGAAUACGCUAAAAAAAAAAAAAGGAAAA